AUGGUUAUUGUUCAUGACUUCAAUAGAAAACAGUAUUCAGUGGCAGGCGACUGUCGUAAAAAGUCUAAAAAGCUGAAGAUAUCUUUUUAUAGGCUUAAAGAAACAUUCUUUAAUCAAUAUAAAAAUGAGCAAAAGGAGAGAAUGAAAGAAAGUCUGACUGUACAGUGUCCCACUACAGAUGUUAAGGAUCUGGUUAGUAAUUUCACCCUGAUCUUCCAUAGGGAUGUUAAGGAUCUGGUUAGUAAUUUCACCCUGAUCUUCCAUAGGGUAAGUCCGGGAGAGAUCGACCACAUUUUGGAAAACAUAUUGUAA